AUGUCGUUUUUUGAACAGUAUACAUCCUCGUCCUCGUCGUCUCCUGCUUUACUCCCUCGACCCCAGACCUCGUCACAGCCCUCAACUUCCCAAUGGUAUCAUGAGCAGAUCUUGCGGGAGCUACCUUUCAUGUCAACCUCCACAAGCCGAUCAGGGAGUCCAUCACGCACUCGCAACAACGUCGGCACGCAAAGUCCAAAACGUCUGUCUGUUCUUGGCCUGCGUUCCCGCAGUAAUACUGGAAACUCGAACACUUCCUCGAGUAUAUCCCCUGCCUCAUCUAUGACAUCUUCUGGCGAGCAAUCUUCGAAACGUUCCUCCCACGACGGUAGCAAGGGUGCGUUUGAUUUCGUCCUCCCACUAGAGAAGGAGGAGAGCUCGGGCAAGUCGUUCUUCUCGCGCGGCAAUCGCAUCCUCAGACGCCAGGGAAGCAAGUUUAACCUUUCAGACACACUCACCGUGGACGAAGAGGACGAAAUGUCGAGCGACCAAGUCUGGUAUGGCGAGAAGGAGAAGGAGAGAGAGAAACAGAAGAGUAAGCGGGAGCGGCCAGCCGUCCUCCGUCGUAUGCAUCGACAGAGAAACAGUGACGCACAUGCAACUCUCAAAAGCAGUAUCUCGGAGCCCUUUCAUUUUCAACAUAUUACUCACACCAGCCGUGGGCAAUUACCACCUAUUGAGCUCACUCAUCCGCACGACCUCGCCACAGAAUUCUCUAUUAUCCGCGCUUCCCAACGACCGAACUCUGAGCUGAAGGGUAUACACGCUCAGAACCUUUCAUAUCGACCUUAUACCGCCGAAGAGGAAUCAGACUGGAGCCUCGAUACCCUCGCCCCCGAUGCCCCGUCCCUUUUUACCCGUAGCCCUCCAGGUUCACCGAUCUCGACGAUCCACGUCUCCCCCGAGAGCAGGCCACUCAGGAGAACAUCACAUUCAGUUGAGAACUUCUCUCGACCUGUUUCUAGGAUCGUACGGCAACCAUUCGCUCCUACCAUGAUACCUCCGCCGAGGAGGUCUUCGAGGAUGGCAACAAACCCCGAAUACGCCCGCCGUGCAAACAACUCUGUCGAUGGACUCAUGGGAUUGAACGGUCUGUCCCUGUCUCCGGUAGAGGACGCCCCGGUCGAAGAUGCUGUUGGGUAUGCGGUGUCGCCGUUGGAACCGGAGCCUGUCGCAGAACCGGCUGAAGAAAUAGGUCGUGCAUUUAGCCCCGAUGAGCAUAACGCAUCGUCUACCAAGCCAUCGCCGCUUAUCCGUUUAGACGGCGUUCCUGAAGAGGAUGAGAACUCCUCCGUCCGCAGUAGCCAUGUCAUAGCUUUCGACCCAACUCCCUACCAAUCCGAACCUGAACCCGAGGCUCGCUCUGAAUCGAAAAAGCCAACAAUUUUGCUGGCCCCCCUCCAAGAAACACGCUUCGACUAUGAAGAUAUGCACUCUCCCGUCAUUCCUUCCCAUCGACAAGGCAAUUCUCCACUACCAGCUGGCCCCAACAGUCCUGCCGAGGCAGUUGGAAUGCAUGCUUCCAAUGCGUCCUGGGAGGCCGAUAUCGACUAUUGCUACGAGCAUGCCGCCGAAUCAAAUUCGAAUUUCGACUGGCACCGUAGCUCCGCAGAAGAACAGAGGGACUGCAAAUACUCUCCCCACGAUGAAGGCGACAAUUCAGGCCGUUUCAAGACUGACUCUGGCUCGUUUUACCUUCACCCCUUGGACACAAGCAAGUCUGGCCAGACAACGCCAGAGCUUCAACCCUCAUCCGGAUUAUCGGCAUCAACCAGGGCCGAUAGCGAGACCGCCAGCCCAGCCAUCUUCAACCACUCGUUCGGAAUCUUCCCGCCGACCAACGACUCUGUUGAUAAAAAGCCCAGGACCAGCGAAAUCCAAGUUUUGGAGACACACUUUGAACACGUGUCACAUGACUCAGUAUACACACACGUGAUUUCAGAUAUCCAUGAAGACGAUGAAUACCAUAUCGAUGAGCCCGCCUACUCUCGAACCGGCUCCUCCACUCUAAGCAAGUGCAACUCGCAGGAAAGUAUGAUGUUGUCUCGCGCUGCCUCGAUUGUGCGUAAACAUCGCUCUUCCACCUCCACCAACAGCGUUCCAGACCUCAUCCAUAGUCCGAACUGCAGCCGUGAGAUGGUUGAUCGUGAGGCACCAAGCAGCCCAUUGGCGGAUAAGCCAGUGAUGCCACGCCCUUCUGCUUCUCCAGUUUACUCGCGAUCUCUCCCAUUUGGCCGUGAAGGCGUGCAUCGCAUGCCAUUCGCAUCUGUCUCUGGCAUCGAUCCUACUGCAAUCCCAUCCAUCCCAAUGCACGAUCGCUCCAAGUCCGCGUCAGUUUUAGAAUCCUCUGACUGUCCAGGCGCCAGGGCAACACGAAAGCGCUCUUCAACUUUAACUCGUGGAGGCGUUCGUAAGAACCGGCCUUCAUACUCGCUGUUCCCGGUUGCUGGAGCACCAGCGCCACGAGUCAGCUAA